UUAAAAACGUUUGGUAAUUUGAGAUUACAGCUGAUCACAUUUCUGUUGAUUAUUUUUGUUAUUUUUAAAAGUGAUAAACCCACUUUAUAUCGUUGCGGAAAUGAUACUUUUUUGCGCAGUCAAAGGUUGUUUGAACAAGUUCUGCAACACGAAGGGCAGUUCCGAAAUAUCUUAUCACAAAUUUCCAAAUCAUCCGGAGCGCUUGAAGAAGUGGAUUCGGUUCUGCGGAUGGAACGAUGGAUGGAAGCCUCGACAUAAUCAGGGAAUUUGUUCCAGACACUUCGAGCCGAGCUGUUUCGGGGGACAGUUUAAGCGGCGAAGGAAAUUAAAAACAACAGCGAUCCCUAGUAUGGAUGCUGUAACGAGCGUUGUCGAUUCUGUUCAAAGCAAAGAGAACUGCAACGGCAAAAACGAAGAAAUCAACGAAUACCAAGUUUAUGAAAACCCACGAGACAUUACUGUGACGGAGGAAUACGCAAAUAAUGAAUGUAAUUCCAAUCAACCUGAUGCUGAAUUUGAAGUAGCUCAAGCUCUGGAUAUAAAUUUGUGCAGGAUAUGUCGCUCAGUUUUGUUGGCCGAUGCGAAGAGUUUGGUUGCACAGGCAGUGGCAGGCAAAUCUUACGGAGACAUCAUUGUGGAAAUGCUAAAUAUUCCGGUUCCAUGUGGUAAUGAUGAAAAUUUACGUAUAUGCCAGAAAUGCAGCUGCCUAAUAGAAGAUAUCCAUUCGUUUGCAAAUUUAUGUCGAGAAUCAUUGACUCAAAUGUUGGAUUCGUCUUAUGUUAACACAGUAAAUGCUACUGAAAUUGAGGAACAAGAUGUAAUGGAGAAAGGAGCGAUUUUAGAAAUCGAAAUUGAACCGGUAGAUUAUCAGGCAGACGUUGCUCAGUUGGAUCCGCUUUCUGAAUUUGCCAAAGUAAAAUCCAAACAAUGUGAUAUUUGUGGCGUUUUCAUUAAACAAGAUUUACAAUUACACAUGAAAACACAUUUUAACGUCUCGGUUAAAUGUGAGGUUUGUGGAAAAAUCUAUUCGAAUGCUCGGCAGCUGCAAGUGCAUAUGAACAUACACACGAAGAAUAUUCCAUAUCCUUGUCAAUACUGCGACAAGAUCUUUUAUGUUUGGAGAUCUCAAAAAGAUCAUGAGCAAACACAUUUGGAUAAAAUCAACAACGUUGAGCAUCGAUGCACAAAGUGUGACAAUGUGUACGCUACCAAGAAGCAACUCGAAGUUCAUUUCAAGCUAAAACACUUGGGAAUCCGGAAAUAUGACUGCAAACAGUGCAACUUCAAGACUAAUCAAAAGGAUCGCUUACUGCAUCACGUUCGAGCAACGCAUACCGAUAAACGUCCGUACGGUUGUACCGUGUGUGACAACACGACUUGCAACGAUUCCAACCACUACAUUCACUUCCAGCGGCACAAGAGAAAGGGAGAGUCCAAUGAGUAUCAGAUCAGGUGUGCAUAUUGUGGCAUUAUUUUCCAGAAAGAUGCCGUGUUUGAAAUGCACUUGAUUGAGGGCCAUCCGGAAGAAGCUGUUAUUGUUUAGGGAACAAACCAAAAAUAAAGUUCUUAAAUUUCAGAGAAGGUGACCACACCAAAUGUUGGCCAUCUCAAUCCAAGUACCUUUCCCAAAAAUGUGUUUAUGUAAAGCUAAGACAUUUGCAUAGUAUUAACGAUUCGUGGCAAAGAAUUUUUUUUAAGAAAUACAGAUUGAUUUUUAUACUCAACGCGAGUAGUCAAGGUA